AGUCAAGUCUCACAGAGUCGCAUCAUUCUCUCCAAUGGCACCACACCGCAGGCAAGCAGCCCAGACAAAAGCCGAAAAAGAUGCCAUUCGCGAGGCCAACAUCAAAGCUGCUAUCCAAGCUGUUAGAGAGAAGAGGGCUAAAAACCUCUCAGCUGCAGCUGGCCAGUUCAACGUGCCAUACCAUACCCUUCGUCGACGCCCACAAAUUCCAAAGCGAGAUCGGCGAGCAGAACAGGAGCGUUCUCAAGCUGCAUUCACCGGCACAAUCAAGACCAAGAAGCUGGAGGAGCUACGCGACUUAGCCGCAGCCUUGCGGUUACCUGAGACUGGACUCAAGGCUGAGGUGUUCCAGCGGAUUCUCCAGCACUUUGACGGCAACACUGACCUCAAGACAAAUCCACGGUAUGAGGGUUUAUUCAACCCUACCCGUUCUCGCAGGCGCCGUCUCGAUAACGGUGAUAACACUGCGGAAUUACCGCAGGACGCGAUUCCCCCAUCAAAUCCAGUUCGCGAGCCGUUCGGAUACCAACCUCAGCCUGCACCUCAACCCUCGAUGUCGAGAAACGAAUUUCCCCCACCUGGGUAUGCACCCCUACAUUAUCCAAUGCAGCAUCCUGCACCUCAGCCUCAACAUAUUUCGCACCCUCACUUUGCACCGGCGAGUCGCAGUAGCGCAGAUUUCCGAGUUGGUGAUAUGGUGCAGACUCAGCACAGAUUAGAGGUGGACCCUGAGUUUUAUCGGGUUUGCUCCGACACCACACCACAUUAUCCUAAAAAUCAGUAA